AUGGCUCAGACUGGGAGGAACAACGGGUUGGUUGGGUUGAAGCUAGAGACGGCCUUUCAGCAUUCGCCGAGACCCCGGUGGCGGGGUGAUGAUGGAGGCAGAAGAGUGUCGGAUCAGGGAGACGGUAUCGAGGGCGAUCGUACAAACAUCUUUCACGAUUAUCACGCACCCCGUUGCGGUACUGAUGAAGACAACAGUGCUUUGAGUGGUCUGCACUCAGCGACACCCCCCAUCUCCGUUCCCCGUCAUGAUGAUUAUCCCAAGCAAGAUGUCCACUUUCCUCACAAGCCAGAGGAUGUACAAGCAUCAUCUCCGCUCGACAGCUUUCUUCAAGAACGCCGCCCUUCCAUCAGCUUUGACGCCGCCCUUGACUCUGGCCGACGCCGACCGCUAGAGGAUCCUUCUUCUUCGAGAGGAGACGUUAGGAACCGCACUCAACGGUUCCAAGCAAAGAGUUCGAGCUUGAGGAAUUCUUUGCCUCUGGAAGAUGAUGCUGACCACAACGGAAGACAGGUGGGACUCAGUUCUAGCCUUAGGAGGCAGCAGGAACGACGAGCCAUCCCUACGGGGAUCACUCGCGACAGCUUCCCCGAAGAAAACGGUGCUAUCCCAUCUGAUAUUGAGCAUCCUACUUCUCUCACGUCUCUAUCUACUGCGUCUCCUAUCACGGAGGAGCUGCGAACCCCUCCAGAAGGGUCGCGGGGCAUGUUAUCGUCUCCCAUCUGCGUGGCCUCGCCCGUACAGACGUUCGCUUCACUUGAUGACCGCAGCUCCUGGUCAGGUAGUGUCAUGACUCCCUUUGGAAGUAAGGCACGAGGUCUUCGCGUCUCAACCCGCCAGCGGUCUCGCAGGUCUACUGCCUCGAGCGGCAAAUCUCCGGCCAGCAUGUUUCUGUCUAUGUGGAGCACUGGUGCUGAGGAGCCGGCUCCUCAGCCAGAUGAUGAGGGACAAAUGGUCGGUACUGAGUAUGUCCUGGGCAAGCAGAUAGGAUUUGGUGGCUUUAGCACAGUAAAGGAGGCCUACAAGGUCGAGGAAAGUGGCAAGACAAAACGGCUUGCCGUCAAGAUCGUCAAAAAACAAGUUUCUGGACGAAGCGAGAAGGAAAAUGACGAGGUCCAAGCGGAGUUCGACCACGAGGUGCGAGUUUGGCGAUAUCUAAGCCAUCCGAACGUCCUGACAUUGGACGCGGUCUACGAGACCGAUUAUGCCACUUUCUGCUUCACAAAACUGGCUAUUGGCGGCACGCUCUUCGAUCUCGUGCGGCAGAACCGCCGCGGAUUGGAGAUGACGCUAGCCAAAAAGUAUGCGUUUCAGCUUGCGUGUGCCCUGAGGUACCUCCACGAGGAUGCUCGAGUUGUUCAUAGGGACAUCAAGCUGGAGAACUGCUUAUUGGAUCCUACUGAGUCUCCUGAUGGGACGAAGACAUCUACUCUCGUUCUGUGCGAUUUCGGAAUGGCAGAGUGGAUGAACUCGGACAAUGAGGAUGCAUCACCUGAUCCUUACGAUAACGCGGCAGACCGUCCCCCGCCCAAGACCAUCGGCCCUGCUGGUUCCAGUACCAGCGUUGCGGGAAGCUUGGAGUACGCUUCCCCAGAGCUCCUUCUUUCGACAAAUGGAGUUAUCGAUCCUUCGGUGGACAUGUGGGCAUUUGGUGUCAUCGUGUUCACCAUUGUCGUCGGAUCACGGCCGUUCCAGGAUGCUUUUGCUCCUCGGAUUCAAUCGAACAUCCUCAGUGGGAAUUGGAAUAAACAUGCUGUGGUGGGUGAAGAAGCGGAUCCCCAGCUUCGCCAGGACAGAGAAGACGCAUUGGAGUUGAUAAUGGGCUGCUUAAAUAUGAACGUUGAUAAGCGAUGGUCGAUCCGUGACGUGCUGUCUUCCCGCUGGUUGCGGGAAUUUUUGGACAAUGCAGAGAGCCCUACGGAGUCGGCAUGGAAGCUGUAA